AUGUCAUCUUUUUUCUAUACCUCCUAUGAUUCGGAAUCAUCUUCGGACGAAGAUACCCUCUACUAUUCUGAUGAUGAACGUUACUUAGAGCAAAAGCAAAAACUGGAAAAGAGCAUCCUAAUUACAGGGGAUGAUGAAAGUGAUAGUGGUGAGGAAACAAUGUCUGAAUCAGAGGAAGAAGCACCAAAACCACAGGCUUCUGCAUUUCUAAAAUCGAGCUCUGCAGAAGCUGAAUCCAGUGAAGAAGAAGAGUCUGAUGAAGAUUGGAGUGCAGAUUCUGACUCCGAUUCUGAUUCUGAUGUUGCACCAAAGGGUAGAAACUACUUCUUGAAAAGUGAUUUUUUGAAAGGCAGUACCAACGAUUCCGACGAUGAAGAAAACGAAAAGAAGGUUGUUAAGUCUGCAAAGGAGAAAUACCUUGAUGAAUUGGCUGAUUUGACAGACAAAAUUGAGAACUUAUCAAUGGUUGAGGAAUGGGUUCGCCUUGCCGAUGAAUUUGAUAAACUAUACAAACUUUCUUACAAACAUAACCAGUAUCAUAUCCCAAUUCCAAGAUCUUUUAUUAAAGCGCUUGCUAUUUUAGAGGAUGCAAUCAAAAACGAUUCUUCAGCAGCACCUGAAUCUACAAAGAAAUUGAGUGCAAGCGAAUCUAAGAGUCUAAACAUUUUAAAACAAAAGGUUAAGAAAGAAGCGAAGAUCUAUGUCGACCAACUCGACAUCUACAGAAAAGAUCCAGAAGCUUACGAAGCGGGUAGCAAUGAACCACAAUUGGUUGCAGAUGAUUUAGAUUCUGAAAAAGAACUUUCAAUUACUCAUGCUAACUUGUUCUCAAUUGUUCAAUCUAUUCUUGAAACCAGAGGUAAGAAAGGUGUUGACAUCAAUGAACAGCUCUCUAAAUUAAGUCAAUUACUCCAAGUUGCGCAAAUGACAUAUGAAAAGAUUGUCCUUCUUAAUCUGAUCAUCUCCUUAAGAUAUGAACUACACACUAAGGAUGAUUACAUGCCAACUGGUCAAUGGAACUUGGCUUGUCAAAACAUCAAUGACUUGUUGGAUGUUUUAGAUAAUGAUAAGUCUUUUGUUGUCACUGAAAGUGCGCCAACUAAUGAUGAUAUCACCAAAACACCACCUGCAAAUUCUGAAGGUAAGCAUUUGGUUGUUGGUUCAGUUGCUUCACAUGUUGAGAGAUUGGCAGACGAAUUUACUACUCAUUUAUUAUACAUUGAUCCUAACUCUUCUGAAUACAUUGCCGUUCUAAAGGAUGAAGCCAAGCUCUACAAAACAAUUGUCAGAACACAGAUCUAUCUAACACAAAUCAUCUCACCUUCGAAUUACGGAGACCUUGAAGGUGAUCAGUUGUGUCGUAUUGUACUCAAGAGGCUAGAGUCUAUAUACUUCAAACCUGUUCAAUUGAUUGUUCUCUCUGAAUUAAACGUUUGGAAUUCCUUAGUCGAAGAGAUAUACGAAUUUGUUCCAAAAAUAUCCAGUGAGUCUGCAGAAUCUUCCAAUGAACAGACUAAUUCAUUAAUAGAUUCUUUAUGUUCUCAUUUGUAUCAGUAUUCUACUGGUAUUUCUUCAUCUAUUUCCAGAAAACGUGCUGCAUUGAUGCAAGCAUACUACUAUGCAGCUUCUUCACAGUUUUUCCGUGCACGUGAUAUCCUUCACUUGACCCAUGUUCAAGCUACAAUCCAUACAUCUGAACCAGGUGUUCAAGUUUUAUUUAAUCGUGCUAUUGUUCAAUUAGGUUUGGCCGCAUUCCGUGCUGGUUUGAUUGAAGAAGCACAAACUAUUUUGAAUGAAGUUGUUACCAGCCCACAUACUAGGGAUUUAUUAGGACAAGGUAAGAUCUACUUCUCUAAUUCAAGUAACAGCUCAGAUCCAAGCUCUAAUGAAAAAGGUAAGUUUGUGCCCUUCCAUAUGCAUGUUAAUAUUGAGUUAGUUGAUGUCGUUUACUACAUUUCCUCGUUAUUUGUUGAAGUUCCAUCAAUGGCAUUGCAUUCUUAUCAGGGCUCCACCACAGGUGCUAUUAAUGCAGCAAAUGCAGAGGCACAGGCUUCAUCGCAAAGUGGAAAGAAGGCCGUUUCUAGAUCAUUCAAGCGUAUUCUUGACUAUACCGAAAGGCAGUACUUCCAAGGACCAGCUGAAGAAACCAGAGACUUUGUCUUUGACGCUUAUGAUGAAUUAGUUAGGUUUAAUUGGAAAAAGGCAUCGGAAAUCCUCACCGGUUUAAGAGUAUGGGGUAUGAUGCCAGGUUUAUCUUCCACACAUGUUGAGGGCAAAUCAGGUGCAGAAUUAUUGAAUCAAAUGUUAACUGAAACUUGUAAGACAGAAGCAUUGAAGACAUGGGUUUACGUUAACGGUGGCAUUGUAAAGAACUACUCAGUAGCAAAAUUGGCAUCCAGGUUUGAACUUGCAGAAGAAAAAGUCAGUAGUAUUCUUGGUGGUUUAAUUUACCGUGAAGAGAUCAGAGCACAUUUGAAGUUCAAUGCUAAAGGCAACAAGUUGAUUGUAUUUGAAAAGAAGGAAGAUGGUAUGUCUGAAAUUGUACGAGACUUAACAGACAAGGUCAACUCAAUCUUAGAACGUAAUGAGAAAUUAAGCUCAGGUGGUUACCAAAUCAUGUUAAAGAAGAAAUAA